GGACACUUUAACUCAAUCCUAUCCGGUUUCCACCCCAGCCCCCAAACCAUGGAACCCAACCAUCUGUACCAGCACUCGGUGCUGAGCGCGCUCAUGCAGGGCAUCGCGGGAACCCAGUCGGGGAUCUCCAUCCCCGACAUCCGCACGCACGGCGACCACGGCAUCGGAACCAUCACCUCCCUGAACGGCGAGAUCAUCAUGCUGGACCACGAGGUGUACCAUUACCCGGGCGACGGGAAGGCGUCGCCCCGCCAGAUCACCUGCAGCGAAGACCCGGACGACGCGCUCCCCUUCGCCAUGGCGACGUUCUUCCGACCGACCCUGACCAACCACCUCCCCUCUCUCUCCAUGGCCACCCUGUCCACAGCACUCUCCCCGCUCCUCCCGCAUCGACAAAACGCCUUCCUUGCCGUCAAAGUCACCUCCGUGUUCAGUCACGUCACCCUCCGCGUCAUCCCCGCGCAGUCGCAUCCAGGCGAGGGGCUAGCCGACCUGGCCAAGCGCCAGGACCAGCCCACGGCGGAGAACAUCUCCGGCACGCUGUUCGGGUUCUGGUCGCCCGCGUACAGCAUGGGGAUGAGUCUGAGCGGGUUCCACGUGCAUUUUCUGUCGGACGAUCGGCGCGUCGGGGGUCAUGUUCUGGAUUUCUCGGCCGGCGAGGGGGGAUGUCGUGUUGAAGCGGCUGUCAUGGAGCAGUAUACCGUCCGGGUGCCGGCGUCGGAGGAGUUCCAUUCGGGUGUCGUUUCCGUGGGGAGUUUGGCGGAUUUGCUUGCCGCGGAGGGGAGUGGAUAGGUUUGCUGGGAUUAUGGGGGUGGAGAGGGAGUGGAUGAGGAGAGAGAGAGAGAGGUAUAUGGCCUUUGCAGUCAAUAUUCACUGCCUAUCGG